AUGGAUUACCAGACAAUCGUGAGCGACAGUGGACCUGCCUUCACUAGUGCAACCUACAAGUCGUUCUUGGCUCGUAAUGGGGUGCGUCCUAUUUUGAUCCCACCAUACCAUCCCGCAUCCAAUGGGGCCGCUGAGAGGGUGGUACAAACUGUAAAAGACAAACUCAAGAAGACGCAGCCUGGAAAAUUUGAGUGUCGAGUUGCUAAAAUUUUGUUAGCGUACAGAAGCACACCCCAUUCCCUCACCGGUCGUUCCCCGGCAGAACUAUUGAUGGGUCGUCGGCUCAAGACAGCGUUAGAUUUGCUGAAGCCAGACUUGCGCAGCAAGGUACAAUUCCGACAGUUACAGCAGAAGGUGCGCAGCGAUUCUGCAGCCAGAAGAGAACCAGUUCCCCUGGUUGGCGACACUGUCUGGGCAAGAAACUUCAGGCCAGGACCCAGAUGGGUGCCAGCAGUCGUCGGAGGAGCCACCAGCUCAUCAUCAACUGAGGUGAAGCUGGCAGAUGGCACAGUGUGGAACCGACAUGCAGACCACCUGCGGCGCCGCCUCGAAGGCACAGAGGAGUCGCCCACAUCGGGAAGAGGCAGCGACAAUGGGCAGCAAAUGCAAGUGCCAAUUUUGCAGCCAUUUUUAGACGAAAGAGAAGCAACGACGCCAGUGCGUACUGCUACUCUGGGGGGUGAGGCACAAACAAGCAUGCUACCUAGGCCAGUGGAACCGAGUGACCACGCAAUGACCAGUCCUGCUGACGCUGAAGCUGUUUUCCAGACACCGGUGCGUGGUAUGACAGGGCGUUCUGCCACUCUGGAAGGCGACGCACGGACAAGCGUGCUACCUUGGCAAGCAGAAACGAGUGACCACGCAAGUGCCAGUUCUGCUGGCACGCGAGCUGUUUCCCAGACACCGGUGCUUCGGCGGUCUGUCAGAACGCGCCGACCCGUGCAACGGUAUUCACCGUAA